AUGGGUCAAAUGGGGUUAUUACAAAUCUCAAAACGCUUCACUUCGAUGAGUUUAUUGGUUUGCUUGUCGCUUAUGAAGGAAAAAUUUGAGGACUUUGAAAUAAUGGAAUUUGUGCCAUUGAAAAGAAGCAUGGCCUUAAAGUUGAUUGUAACUCGUGAGAAGGCUGACGAAAGUAGUAAUAAUGAUGAUGAUGACAUAACCUUGAUCACUAUAGAGAAGAAAGCCAUAAAAGCCACCACUAGGGAUGACAAAGAUGAUAGCUCAACUACCUCUAGUGAUAAUGAUUUGAAACUAGAGGAAUCGGUUAACCUAUGCUUGAUGGAAAGCUUCGAAGAGAAUGAUGCUACUAAUGACGAAUUAAUUUGCUUCAUGUCCGUUAGCAGAACCGAUGACAAUGAGAUAAUUGAAAGGGGAGAGAAUGAGGAUGAAGAUCUUCGGUCUUGGGACAUGGUGAUGAGUUUCAUCAUGGUAGGGAGGGAUUCAUUUUAUUCUCGAGACAUGGCGAUAAGUUCUAUGGGGACGAGGAGAGAGAGUUUUAACUCGUAA